CGUCAUCAGAGAAUUCACACAGGAGAGAAACCGUUCUCGUGUUCUGAAUGUGGAAAAUGUUUUGGGCAACAUUCAGAAUUUGUCAGUCAUCAUAGAAUUCACACAGGAGACAAACCGUUCUCAUGUUCCGAAUGUGAAAAAUCUUUUGUCACCAAAGCAAAUCUUGUUUGUCAUCAGAGAACUCACACAGGAGAGAAACCGUUCUCAUGUUCUGAAUGCGGAAAAUGUUUUGUUACUAAAGCACAUCUUGUUUGUCAUCUGAGAACUCACACAGGAGAAAAACCAUUCUCAUGUUCUGAAUGUGAAAAAUGUUUUGUCACUAAAGCAGUGCUGUUCCGUCAUAAGAGAACUCACACAGGAGAGAAACCGUUCUCAUGUUCUGAAUGUGAAAAAAUUUUUGUCAAUAAAACAAAUCUUGUUUGUCAUAAGAGAACUCACACAGGAGAAAAACCAUUCUCAUGUUCUGAAUGUGGAAAAUGUUUUGUCACCGAAGCAGUGCUUUUCCGUCAUAUGAGAACUCACACAGGAGAGAAACCGUUCUCAUGUUCUGAAUGUGGAAAAUGUUUUGGGCAAAAUUCAAAACUUGUCAGUCAUCAGAGAACUCACACAGGAGAAAAAACAUUCUCAUGUUCUGAAUGUGGAAAAGGUUUUGGGCAACAUUCAGAACUUGUCAGUCAUCAGAGAACUCACACAGGAGAGAAACCAUUCUCAUGCUCCGAAUGGGGAAAAUGUUUUGGGCGACAUUCAGAUCUUGUCUGUCAUCAGAGAACUCACACAGGAGAGAAACCAUUCUCAUGUUCUGAAUGUGGAAAAUGUUUUGGGCGACAUUCAGAACUUGUCGGUCAUCAGAUAACUCACACAGGAGAGAAACCAUUCUCAUGUUCUGAAUGUGGAAAAUGUUUUGGGCGACAUACAGAACUUGUCAGUCAUCAGAGAACUCACACAGGAGAGAAACCGUUCUCAUGUUCUGAAUGUGAAAAAUGUUUUGUCAAUAAA